AUGGAUCAGUGGCUUAAAAGUGGAUUUUUGCCAAUGAAAAGGCGAAAACCUGACCAGGAAGAAAUGCAAGAAUGUUGUCAGGAAGACGGUGCAUGUCAACAAGAAAUAGAAGGACAACGUGAGUCUGACGUGGACGGCUAUUCAAAUAAUUCCCAUGUUGCUGAAACUGAAAGUGGUGCAGCUAAUAAAAGUGCCCUCCGUGUUAGUCAGAAACACGGAAAUAAACGAAAAAAAGUGGUAAGAAAAUACGAUGAAAAAUAUAUUGACUAUGGAUUCACUUGCAUUGACGAUGAAAACGAGCCAAAGCCACAGUGCAUUUUGUGCUAUGAAGUGCUUUCUAAUGAAUGUAUGAAACCUGCAAAAUUAAAGCGCCAUAUACAGACAAAACAUGGAGCAGUACAGGAAAAGCCGCGAGAGUAUUUCCUCCGUAAGCUGUCUGAAUUGAAAGGCGGUAAGAAGAUAAUGAAAAAGGCUACAAGUAUCAACAUGAAAGCCUUGGAAGCAUCUUACGUUGUGAGCAACCUUAUUGCAAAGGCGGGCAAGCCACACACCAUUGGAGAAGAGUUAAUUUUACCCGCUGCAAAGCAACUAGUGACAAUAAUGUGUGGCGAAAAAAUUGCUAGUGAACUGAAUGUAGUGCGACUGUCAAAUGAUACUGUCUCGCUUCGAAUUUCUGAUAUGGCAAAUGAUGUCCAACAGACUCUUGUGCAUCGCGUGAAAAACAGCAAGUUUUACUCAUUGCAAUUGGAUGAGUCGACAGAUAUUGCCAGUCAGGCUAAUUUUCUCAUGUAUGUCAGAUACAUUUGGAACGAGAAAGUGCUGGAAGAACUCCUUUUUUGUCGUCCAUUGCCAUCAAACACAACCGCAGAGCUAGUGUUUGGUGUAUUAUCCUCGUUCGUCAAUGAGAAUGGCAUUCCUUGGGAGAAACGUGCAGGAAUAUGCACUGAUGGUGCCAGAGCAAUGUCAGGAAUAAACAGUGGACUGAUUUCCAGAGUGAAAGAAAUUGCACCAGAUGUUUGGAUCCACUGCAGCAUCCAUCGAGAGGCUUUAGCAACAAAGAAAAUGCCCCCACGCCUCAAGAAUGUUUUGGACACGGCAGUGAAAGUUGUGAAUUUCAUUAAAGCUCGUCCGCUUCAAUCCCGACUAUGCCAUAUUAUUUGCCAAGAAAUGGGAAGUACUCACUUACAAUUACUCUUGCACACUGAAGUAAGAUGGCUAUCCAGAGGAAAGGUCCUUACCCGAUUAUUUGAGUUACGGGAAGAAGUCCGGAUUUUCUUCACCGACCAUCCAUUUCAACACCGUGCAUCCUUGGAUGAUCCAGCAUGGAUUUCUCUGCUUGCUUGCCUGGCAGAUAUUAUUUCACGUCUGAAUGAUCUCAACAGAGGGUUACAGGGAAAUGUCACCAUCUAUGACGUCCACGACAAAAUUGCAUGA